UCAAAACCUUAGUUUAUAAGCAGCUGAGCUGGAAUUAAACAAAAUAUAUGAUCGAAUAUCAUUUAAAGAACUAUGAAUAGGGAAAGUAAUUUUGUUACGCAUUAACAAAAAGUGAAAUAAAUUUCCUCUCGAUAUCUGAGUAUUAAUAUUCUCAGAGCUCUAAAGAUUCCGCUAUAGAAGCGUGCAAUGUUUUAGAACUUGAUUGCCAUUUCAUCAAAGUGGUUCUGUGUUGAUUUGAAGUGUAUGUUUUAAAAUUCCUGGGUUUACUAAAAAUAACAUCAACAUAAAUAAAUCCCGCAAAGCACACACACUUUCAAAACGCAAAACUAGAGGACUAGCAACAAAGGUUUCGAGUCUGAAAAAGAUAAUCUUCGAUGGGCUGAUAAUAAUUAUACCCGUGCAACUUUAAGUAUAAUAUUACUGAAGUUAUUGGAUAUACAUUUUCAACAAUGUUGAUGACAACUUUCUUACUAAAUACAGUAAUUAGAAACAAAUAUAUACAAAAUAUUCUGAAAACAAUUGUGCCAAAUUUCGUUCAGAAAUAACAUCAUUUUAUAUAUACCUAUGUACAUAUGUACGUGGAAAAACCUGUGCAUUCAAAGCGGCAUCAUUGAGAGAUAGAAAUUUUCUAAAUUAAAUUGUUAAAUGAAAUGAAUAAUCCAAACUGAUUAAAAGCAAUUUCUGAAAAGCUUUCAAAACCAUAUAUAUAAAAUUUAUACAAUCAAAUCUUAACUUUUAACACUGUGGAGGGAUUGAAGGAAACUGGACGCAAAAACGCACGACGAAUUUCACGAAAGUUGAACCAGAAAUUUACGGCAAUGCGAACAAAACACCUUAUUUUAAUACUUUGCUGCAUUAUAACUACAACAAUAUUUUUCAUUAUUUUGGGACCAGCAGGUGAACCGAACGACUCUUUAAAAAGCAUAGUUACGCAUACACAUCAGCAGCUAAACAAAUUGCAGGAAAAUCUGCGAGCUACUGAGAAAAAGAGACUUCAAAUAGAUUCUAAAUAUUUGGUUUUGCUGGGGUUUACGGAUACCACUUACACGAAGGAGUCCCAAUCAUAUAAUCACUAUGAAGUUGAAAACGCAUUAAAAACUGAGGGAAACAGCUCUCAGAACCUGCAGAAGGUCAGUGGCAGUUCCUACAAAGAGAACUCUCUUCGGCACAGCAGCAGAUCGCGUGUCGCAACGACUCCUUACAAUGGUACAAAGGCAAAUUUUACCAUAGUCACAUACGUUCAGGAAGGCCAAGCUCCGUCGGCAAUACUACUUGCUCAAAAUAUCGCAACAAAGUUUCCAGAUGAACAUUUACUUAUAUAUGAUCUUGGACUAUCGGAGGAUGAUUCCCGAGCUUUAAUCGCUUAUUGUAACAUAUCCAAGUGUUUAGUUCUCAGUUAUGACUUGUCGGUUUAUCCAUCACAUGUCUUAGACCAGCGCAUGCAUGCUUAUCGUCCGAUUGUGAUAAAAGACGCUUUGACGCGAUCUAACAGCAUUCUAUUUGCGGAAAAUUAUAUUCGGUUUCGAGGUGGUAGCCACGACCUACAAAAAAUGAGAAGUAAAGCUGCAACUUCGGGAGUUCUGGGCUGGAACACACCAACUGCAGUAUCAACACUUACACAUCCAAAAAUGUUUGAUUACUUUCAAACUGAUGCCGAAGAUUUUAUAUUUUUGCGGAUGAUUGACCUCGAUAUAGCUUUAUUUUUCGGCAGUCCCUUUGUGGAAAAAAACAUUAUGCUGCCCUGGCUGAAGUGUAUAUUAACAUUGGAAUGUAUUGACCCAAUAGGUGCGCAAUGGAAUGGCUGUAAAUACAACAAAAAACCACAGUAUCGGUAUUCGGGAUGUCAUGCCUAUGACGUUUCAGCCUUCAACAUCGUCUUGGGUCUAACAUGGCAUUUAGAUGAUUCGAAGUACUCAAUGCCAAGCGAAGGAAAUAAUAUUUUUUACAAAGAAACCCUAGAAAAAUCGACUAGAAUAUUAGAAAGCAGGCGACUUAACAACAGUGAUACGUCGGAACACCCCUUCACUGAGGACUAAUUCAAAAGUGAGCAAUUAAAAUGCUUACAAAUAUGUUAAGUACCAAAGCAAAAGAUGAAUUUUUCCGUUUUCAUAUUGGAGUAGACAAAAAUAGUUUUAGUAUAUACUUUUAAAACAUAAUUCCCUUCAGAAUGUAGAAAAUAAUUAUAUAAUAUUAUGUUGCAAGCCAUACAAAAUAAAAGAUAACAGAAGUAUCCGCCUUAGAUUCAGGCGAGCCUUGUUUCAACUAUA